GGACGGCGGCUCGGCAUGGCGUUCGUAAGGCUCGGGCUGCUGCUAGGUAAGAAGGCCAUCAGGACCCCCAAAGUAAAGAGCCCCGAAGGAGCAGAGCCCCGUCCUGUGGCAGGACUGAUGGUUGCUCACAAAGGGUGUGGUGCCUUAGCCGGGCGUCUGGCGACAGGGACCGUGGAGAUGGGCUUGAACUCCCCGCGCCUCAGAGCCCCGGCCCUAGAGAGGGGCCUGGUGAGCUGUACCCUGUUCCUGGCGGUCCAUGGUCUCUACUCCUCUGGUGAUGCUGUCAUCGAGCUGACGCCGACCAACUUCCACCGAGAGGUCAUCCAAAGCGACAGCCUGUGGCUGGUAGAGUUCUACGCGCCCUGGUGUGGCCACUGCCAGAGGCUGGCGCCCGAGUGGAAGAAAGCAGCGAAUGCACUGAAGGAUGUUGUAAAAGUUGGGGCCGUUGAUGCAGACAAACACCAGUCCCUGGGUGGCCAAUAUGGCGUCCAGGGUUUCCCUACCAUCAAGAUCUUUGGAGCCAACAAAAACAAACCAGAAGACUAUCAGGGUGGCAGGACUGCGGAGGCCAUCGUGGAUGCUGCUCUCAGUGCCGUGCGGCAGUUGGUAAAGGACAGGCUGGGCGGCCGCGCUGGAGGCCACAGCUCAGGGAGGCAGGGCAGGAGCGAGGGCUCAGGUAAGAAGGAUGUGAUUGAGCUGACGGAUGACACCUUUGACGAGAACGUGCUGGACAGCCCUGAUGUGUGGAUGGUGGAGUUCUACGCCCCAUGGUGCGGACACUGCAAAAACCUGGAACCAGAGUGGGCUGCUGCGGCCACAGAAGUGAAGGAGCAAACGAAAGGCCGAGUGAAGCUGGCAGCCGUGGAUGCCACUGUGAACCAGGUCCUGGCGAGCCGCUAUGGGAUCAGGGGAUUUCCCACAAUCAAGAUCUUCCAGAAAGGUGAGGCCCCCGUGGACUACGAUGGUGGGCGGACGCGGUCUGACAUCGUCUCAAGGGCCCUGGACCUGUUCUCUGACAACGCCCCGCCUCCAGAGCUGCUGGAGAUAAUCAGUGAAGACGUGGCCAAGAAGACCUGUGAGGAGCACCAGCUGUGCGUGGUGGCAGUGCUGCCCCACAUCCUGGACACCGGUGCGGCGGGCAGGAACUCUUACCUGGAAGUUCUUCUGAAGUUGGCAGACAAAUACAAGAAGAAAAUGUGGGGGUGGUUGUGGACAGAGGCAGGCGCACAGCCCGAGCUGGAAAGCGCACUGGGCAUCGGCGGGUUCGGGUACCCAGCCAUGGCCGCCAUCAACGCGCGCAAGAUGAAGUUCGCACUGCUCAAGGGCUCCUUCAGUGAGCAGGGCAUCAAUGAGUUCCUCAGGGAAUUGUCCUUUGGACGCGGCUCUACAGCACCUGUGGGUGGCGGUGCCUUUCCUGCCAUCGUUACAAGGGAGCCUUGGGAUGGCAAGGAUGGUGAGCUGCCCGUGGAGGAUGACAUUGACCUCAGCGAUGUGGAGCUGGAUGACUUGGAGAAGGACGAGUUGUGAGAGGCGCGUCCAAGCCACGACCUGGUUCUUUUCCUUGGGAGCCAGCGGGUUUGUCUAGCAGUGCAGGUGCAGCCCUGUCACAUGGAUUUGCUGGUGGCCUUUCCCCGGGCCCUGGCUGGCCACUGGAAGGCACUGUGGCUGUGCACCUCGUAUCUCAACACACUGAAAAACUCUGAAUUGUAGCAGCAGGUCUGGUAUGCUCUGCCGCAUGAUAUUCUGAAGAAAACGGCUGUUGACAGUUUCCCUCUCCCUGACUGCUGCUUGAAUGUUCCCGGAGCCUGUUUCUUACAUGUAGGUUUUUUAAAAUGUGAUUCCUUUAUUGGGAUAUUAAUGGCUUUUUCCAUUAAAGAAUAAAACGAUAUUUUGGACAA